UUGUAGUUUUCUAUGGGCGCUGCGGGGCCUGGCGCCGGGGCCGGGGCGGAAGAAAGACUACAAGUCCCAGGGGGCGCGGCGCCGCCGCCUGAGGGCGGGGUGUACGAAAGAGAAACUCGGAGGCCGCCCGUGACUGGGCCCGGGUCUGCACGGUUCAGCUGAACCCAUGAGCUCCCAGAGCUAACCCCUGACCACCAGGGCGGGCAAAGGGCUGAUGUCGGUAUCCCACAUCCUGGAGGGGCAGGCCUUGCGCAUCCGCUCCUGGCAUGGCGCUGCGGCACCUCGCCUUCCUGGCUGGCCUUCUGGUGGGAGUUGCAAGCAAGUCCAUGGAGAACAUGGCCCACAGGGGACAGAGGGCCACCCGAUGCUGACUCCAGAAGAGGCUGGAGCUGUGGAUGUCGAGAUGUGCUCACACGGCACCCCUCAGCCACUGCUGCUCUGGGCACGAGCCUGCCUGGCAGGUGCGUCCUGGAGUUUCACUGCUGUGUCCCCUCCAGGCCCAGCUGCCCGAGUGCUGUGUGGAUGUGGUGGGUGUCAACGCCAGCUGCCCAGGCACAAGCCUGUGUGGCCCAGGCUGCUACAGGCACUGGAAUGCGGACGGGAGCGCCAGCUGUGUCCGCUGUGGGAACGGAACCCUCCCAGCCUACAAUGGCUCCGAGUGUAGAAGCUUCGCUGGCCGGGGUGCGCCAUUCCCCAUGAACAGAAGCUCAGGGACCCCCGGGCGGCCACAUCCCGGGGCUCCGCGCGUGGCCGCCUCCCUCUUCCUGGGCACCUUCUUCAUCAGCUCCGGACUCAUCCUCUCCGUAGCAGGGUUUUUCUACCUCAAGCGCUCCAGUAAACUCCCCAGGGUCUUCUACAGAAGAAGCAAAGCCCCGGCCCUGCAGCCUGGCGAAGCCGCUGCAAUGAUCCCCCCGCCACAGUCCUCAGGUAACAGCAUCUUCCUGUGGGGUUUCCCAUCUCUGGGCCAGACCCAGGGUGCUCGUGGGUGUGUCCCCAAACAAAUGGAUUUGCCUGGCUCUGGAUCUCGGCCGCCCCUGCCCAGGUCCCCAGGAGACCCACGAGGCUGGGCCAGGGCCGGAUUUGGCUGGCACCCCCUGCUCUGGAUCUCAGCCAGAUUUGGCCAACACACCCUGUCCGCCCCCUUUGAUCCCCAGGACUUCCGUGCCCUUUCCUGUUCCUGAGACGUGGGGUCUGCAGGAAAGGAGGACCCACCACAGGGCAGACCCCCAAUGCCUGCCCCUCCUUCAAGUCCAGCUCCGCCCAAGGACGGAUGCAGCCGGCCUCCGCCAGGCCCUCCUGAGCAGCCGUCGCUUCAGUGGCGCUGGGUCAGGUGGACCCAAGGGUCAGCCUGGUUAGGACCCAUUUUAUAGGCGGGGCCACAGACACAGAGAAGCUGAGUGACUGGCCCACAGCCACACAGCUCCAAGGCCAUGAGCAGGGCUCACCCAGCCUCCAUCCCCCUGUGCAGAGGUCUUUCAUGGGGGCAGGUGACAGUGCCUUAGGGGACAGACAGUUCUCCAUCAAGGCUGGACCUGCCCGUCCCUAAAGCAGCCGUGUCUGCAAGGGCCCAGCAAACCACACGGUGCCCAAGUGCCCCAGCCUGCCAGCUUCAACAGCAGACCUUUAAUCUGACUGUCCUAGAGUUCAGAGUCCAAAACCAAGGGGCAGGCGAGGCCACGUGCUUCCCGAGGCUCUAGGGGAGGACCCUGCCCGCCUCCCCAGCCCCUGCCGGCUCAGGCAUCUGGCUGCGUUGCCCGUCUCUGCCCCCUGGUCCCACGGUGUCUCCCCCACCUCUGCGUCUUCUCUCUCCGCCUCCCUCUCAGGUGGGCACUGGCCAUUGAUUCAGGGUCUGCCCCAGGAACCCUGGGCGAUCACGCCUGAGACCCUGACGUUAA